AUGGCUAUUAGAAAGAUUUUUGCUCGUUACGUUUACGACUCUCGUGGAAACCCAACUGUCGAAGUGGACUUGACCACCGACAAAGGCUUAUUUAGAGCAAUUGUUCCUUCUGGUGCCUCCACCGGUAUCCACGAAGCUUUGGAACUAAGAGAUGGCGACAAGUCAAAAUGGCUUGGUAAGGGUGUCUUAAAGGCUGUCGCCAAUGUUAACGAUAUCAUCAGCCCUGCUGUUCUCAAAGCCAACUUGGAUGUCACCGAUCAAAAAACCUUUGAUGAUUUCAUCUUGGGUUUAGAUGGCACUCCAAACAAAUCCAAACUAGGUGCCAAUGCUAUUCUCGGUGUUUCUCUUGCUGCUGCUAAAGCCGGUGCUGCUGAAAAAUCCAUUCCUUUAUAUGCCCACAUUGCCGACUUAUCUGGUUCUCCAAAACCAUACGUUUUGCCAGUUCCCUUCCAAAACGUUUUAAACGGUGGUUCCCAUGCUGGUGGUGCUUUAGCCUUCCAAGAAUUCAUGAUUGUUCCAACCGGUGCUUCAAGCUUCUCUGAAGCCAUGAGAAUUGGCGCUGAAGUUUACCACACCUUGAAAUCAUUAACCAAAAAGAGAUACGGUCAAUCUGCUGGUAACGUUGGUGAUGAAGGUGGUGUUGCUCCAGACAUUCAAACUCCAAAGGAAGCCUUGGACUUGAUUGCCGAUUCAAUUGAAAAAGCUGGUUACAAGGGCAAGAUCUCCAUUGCUUUAGAUGUUGCUUCAUCUGAAUUCUACAAAGAUGGUAAAUACGACUUAGAUUUCAAAAACCCAGAUUCCGACCCAUCCAAAUGGUUAAGUGGUCAAGAAUUGGCCCAAUUAUACGCUGACUUGAUGAAAGAGUACCCAAUUGUUUCCAUUGAAGAUCCUUUCGCUGAAGACGACUGGGAGGCUUGGUCCCACUUCUUUGAAAAAGUCGAUAUCCAAAUUGUUGGUGAUGAUUUGACUGUCACUAACCCACAAAGAAUCAAAACCGCCAUAGAAAAGAAGGCCGCCAAUGCUUUGUUAUUAAAAGUCAACCAAAUCGGCUCUCUAUCUGAAUCAAUCCAAGCUGCUAAAGACUCCUAUGCUGCUGGUUGGGGUGUUAUGGUCUCCCACAGAUCCGGUGAAACUGAAGACACUACAAUUGCUGACAUUGCUGUCGGUUUGAGAUCCGGCCAAAUCAAGACUGGUGCUCCUGCCAGAUCUGAAAGAUUGGCCAAGUUGAACCAAUUGUUGAGAAUCGAAGAAGAAUUAGGUGACAAAGCCAUCUACGCAGGCGCAGACUUCCACAAAUCUGUUGCCAUCUAA